AUGACGGACAACCGCCGUCUCGGUAGUCCUUCAAGCUUCAAGCUUCGAUUUUUGGCUUAUCGUCAUAAAUCAGAGAGCCACAUUUCUCUCCCACCUUCCCCUCCCUCUUGGAGAGUUCGGGGGCACUUCCUGCCGCAUCACCACCCAUCCCUCACUAUAGCGAGGUGGGUUGACAAGUACAGUCCUCUGAUCACCAUACGGUCAAGAUUUGAGAACAUCGUUAUUAUUGGCCGUUACAAGGCAGCCGUAGAUAUCACGGAGAACCAGGGUAAAUUUACAGCCGAUCAAAUGUUCAACGGCGCAAUUAGUAUCGCAUUUGUACCCUUUGGGGACAGGUUCCGUCGGAUGCGUAGAACACUUCAUUCGCAUCUCCAGCCUAAAGCAAAUACAAUUCUCGGCAUUCUCGAUGAUCCAUGCAACUAUCAUAACCAUGUGACAAUUUGUGCUGCUACGACAAUCAUGAAAACCGCAUAUGGAAAGAGUACGCCCACAUCUGCGACCGAUCCCGAAGUCGUUGAAAUCAAGCAACGCAUUAAAAUGUCUCGUAUAAUCAUGCGUCCUGGCACUUACCUAGAAUUUGAGAACACCAAGAAACUCAACGCUGGGCAGCUGAACCGCGUGAAAGAGCAAAUGUCCAUUGUACAGCAGAGCGACAAAGACAUCGGCCCUUCGUUCGCAAAAUAUAUGCUAGAGAAUAUCCAUCUCCAUAGUUUGACAGAUAUUGAGAUGGCUUUUCUUGGCGGUUCACUUUUUUUAGCUGGAUCUAGUACUCGAAAGACUUCUGCGGCAAUAUCCACGGUAUUUAUGGCAGCUACAUGUUUCCCCGAGGAGCAAGCUCAAGCUCAAGCUCAAGCCGAGCUCGAUGCGGUCAUCGGAAGGCACCGAGUGCCAACCUUCGCCGACCAAGAUUCUCUUCCUCGCCUGCAAGCAUUCAUCUCUGAGGCUUUGAGAUGGAGACCACCCUUGCCUACCGGUGGUAGGUACCGAUGUGAUUUGGGCAAGACCACAUUGUUUGGCAACCAUUGGUCCAUCUCUCGAGAUCCAGAUGUCUACCCGGAGCCUGACGCGUUCAAACCUCAGCGCUGGAUUGAUGUACCAAUAUCGGUGUUCAUCAACUCGCUCCUGACCAUGUGGGCUUUCCAGCUCACUCUGGAUCCUACGAAGCCGUUGGAUGACAUGGAAUUCAUGAACGGGGUGAUGACAGAUGUCCCGCCAUGCGCAAUUAAGUUUGAGACGAGGAUUCCGGAAUUGGAGCUCAGGCGCAUGAUGCAGCAUUAUCCUCAGGAUGCAUGA